AUGAGUAACUCACUGCACUUCAACAGUGGUGGUUAUGAUUUUUGUGAGAACAUGAAUAUUUUUCCUUCACCUCAUGUUCCUUCCUCCGCUUCUUCUUCAUAUCUUGGAAUCCAACCUCCUCUGUGUUCAAACACUUUUGGGGUUAUGGUUCAUGAUGGGGACACCAAGUGUGAAAGGUCAAAUAUACCCUUUCAGAUUUUGAACCCCUCUGCGUUUGAUCCCCGAGAGGAAAUGGUAACAAGGGAAACCAAUGAUGAAGGGGAUGAAGGGGUUGAGAACACUGGGUUGUCUUUGAAACUUGGUGAGGGAGUUGAGUCUAAGAGUCGUUCUGGCACAGAGAAAAUUGAGCCCACUAAGCUUUGUGCUAGAGGUCAUUGGAGACCAGCCGAAGAUGCCAAACUCAAAGAGCUUGUUGCUCAGUUUGGACCCCAAAAUUGGAACUCAAUUGCAGAACAUCUUCAAGGAAGAUCAGGCAAAAGUUGCAGAUUGAGGUGGUUUAAUCAGCUAGAUCCUAGAAUCAACAAAAAGGCUUUUAGUGAGGAAGAAGAGGAAAGGCUCUUGGCUGCUCACAAAAUCUAUGGUAACAAAUGGGCCAUGAUUUCUAGGCUCUUUCCUGGUAGAACAGACAAUGCAGUGAAGAACCAUUGGCAUGUGAUCAUGGCUAGGAAGCAAAGGGACAAAUCAUAUCUGUAUAAAAGGAGAAAGACCACAUUUACAGUUCCAAAGGACUUGAAUUUGCCCUUAUCAAACAAUGCAGGCAGUGAAUCAACCAUCUCAAGCACCAUUCUUGAUGAAUCUGCCUCAACAUGCACUAACCUCUCUCUCACUCCCUCUUCAGCGAAGCCAACUCUUAGGCCUUUUCUUAACCCAAGUCCGGUUCAGAAUCACCAAGCCUAUGGAGCAAUAAUGGGUUUAUCUGGUAAAAGCAGGAUACCGACAAGAGAAGCUGGCUUUGACAAGUUUUUUGGUGCAUGGAAAGGUUCAUGUGAGGCUGAAGGACCCAUAGGAAGGCUCAUGGGUAUGGACCAAUCCCAUUACACACAUUCAAACUCAUCAGAAGUUUCAGUAUCUGAGUCAGUUGCCACCAACAGGACUACCAAUCUCUCAAUUUCUGGGGAAAGUGAAAACAUGGGUGAUAACAAGGAUAACAUGCCAUUCAUUGACUUUCUUGGAGUAGGAGCCACAUAG